AUGUCUUCGGAUGAAAUAGUCUGGCAGGUCAUUAACCAACAGUUUUGCUCUUACAAGCUUAAAACCGAUAAGGGCCAGAAUUUCUGUCGCAAUGAAUACAAUGUUACUGGAUUCUGCAAUCGCCAGUCCUGCCCUCUGGCAAACUCGCGGUAUGCGACUGUCCGAUCAGACCCCAGCACCGGUGCCAUGUACCUUUACAUGAAAACGGCAGAACGUUCCCAUAUGCCUAAUAAGUGGUGGGAGAAGAUACGGCUGUCUUCGAAUUAUGCGAAAGCUCUUGGACAACUGGACGAACGCCUCAUAUAUUGGCCGAAAUUUUUGAUUCACAAGUGCAAGCAGCGCCUUACUCGGCUCACUCAAGUUAAUAUACGGAUGAGAAAACUUGCGAAAGAGGAGGAGCGCCUGGGUGAAAAGCUAGUCCCGAAACUUGCUCCCAAGAUAAGGAGGCGAGAAGAGACAAGAGAACGAAAGGCGGAGGCUGCUGCAAAACUCGAGCGGGCAAUUGAAAGGGAGCUUAUCGAGCGAUUGAGAAGCGGGGCAUACGGCGAACAGCCUCUGAACGUGCAAGAGAACAUAUGGAAGAAGGUUCUCAGGGGACUGGAGAGGCAAGGAGAAGGUGAACGAGACGAGGACCUCGACGAGGGAAUCGAAGAAGAGCUGGAAGAGGAAGAGGAAGGUGUCGGGGAAGUCGAGUAUGUUAGUGACGUUGACGAAGACGAAGACAUGGAGGAUCUGGAGGACUGGCUCGGUGACGAGAGUGACGAUGCAGGCAGUGAUGGGAUUGACGAGGAUGAGGACGACGAUGAUGAAGACGAAGAAGAUGAUAGCAGCGCCAGCGACGAGGAAGUCCAGAAGAAGCCCGCGCCUGCACCCAAGAGGAAACGGCCUGCAGCGCCGUCUCGGCCACGGAAGAAGGGGGCGCACGUCGAGAUCGAAUACGAGACAGAAGGACCGGCCAGAGAAUCUCUCUUUGCAUGA